AUGGACCGCUACCUGCUGCUGCUGACCUGGGGGGAGGUGGAGCGCGGGCCGGACGCGGCGUGGGCGGAGGGCUCCGCGAGGCCGCCGGGUGAGCGCGGGGCCGCGGCCGGCGCGAGCGGGAAAGCGGUGCGGGGUGUUGCAGGCGCCGAGCUCCGGGCCCGGCUCGUCGGGCGCGAGUCCACCCAGGAGGCCUGGGCGCGGGGGACUGUCCCGCGCCUGCCGCUCGCCGCCUCCUGUCCUCGAGCUGGUGGUGGUCGCAGUGCUUUGGGGCUCCUGGCUAGACUCUCCGUGGCAUUGCACUUAUUCCUCUUGAGACCUUUGAGUGAGUCUUUCUUUUUUCCCCCAGGCUUAACAGCAGCAAAUGUUUACCACAUCCUGAAAAGAAGCAUUAAUGCUUCAGUUAAUCCAGAGGAUAGUACUUUUCCCGCCUGUUCAGUGGGUGGUAUACCUGGUUCCAAGAAGUGGUUCUUUGCAGUGCAGGCAAUAUGUGGAUUUUAUCAGUUUUGUAGUUCUGAUUGGCAAGAGAUACAUUUUGAUACAGAAAAGGAUAAAACUGAAGAUGUUCUUCAAACAAAUAUUGAAGAAUGUUUGAGUGCCGUUGAGUGUUUUGAAGAAGAAGAUAGUAACAGCAGGGAAUCCUUAUCCUUGGCUGAUCUGUAUGAAGAAUCAGCAGAAAAUUUGCAUCAGUUGUCAGACAAGCUUCCUGUUCCUGGUAGAGCAAUGAUAGAUAUAAUACUAUUGCCCUCUGACAAAGAUCCUCCUAAAUUGAAAGACUGUUUGCCUACUGUAGGAGCAUUAAAACAUUUGCGGGAAUGGUAUUCAGCAAAAAUUACCAUAGCAGGAAGUCAUUGUGAAAUAAAUUGUCAGAAAAUUGCAGAAUAUCUUUCUGCUGAUGUUGUACCUUUAGAAGAUCUCAGAAAUGUUAUUGACACAAAGGAAUUAUGGAGGGGAAAGAUACAGAUAUGGGAAAGAAAGUUUGGAUUGGAAAUUAGUUUUCCUGAAUUUUGUCUAAAGGGGGUUACACCUAAGAAUUUUAGUACAUCUACUUUAAAUACUGAUUUUCUUGCCAAAAAGAUAAUAUCAAAGGAUAAGAAUACUUUGCCAAAGGUUUUCCAUUAUUAUGGCCCUGCUUUGGAAUUUGUGCAGAUGGUAAAAUUAUCAGAUCUACCCUCCUGCUACAUGUCAGACAUUGAAUUUGAAUUAGGGUUGACAAAAAACAAUACCAAAGAGAAUUCUGUGUUGCUGUUGGAGCAGAUUUCUUCUCUAUGUGGCAAGGUUGGUGCUCUUUUUGUAUUGCCGUGUACUGUUAGUAACGUACUCAUUCCACCUCCCAACCAACUCAGCUCAAGAAAGUGGAAGGAAUAUAUUGCUAAAAAGCCUAAGACAAUCAAUGUUCCAGAUGUUGAGGUGAAAGGAGAGUGUUCUAGCUAUUAUCUCUUGUUACAAGGUAAUGGCACUGGAAGAUGUAAAGCCACGUUGAUUUAUUCAGCCAAUCAGAUCAAUGGCUCAUUUGCACUCAGUUUGAUUCAUGGGAAGAUGAAAACAAACAUGGAAGGAGCCAAGUUGAGCUCUCCUUUUGACUUACUGCUUCCACAAUUUUCUGGGGAGCAGGUUAUACAGAGAGAGAAACAGUUAGCUAACAUUCAAGUCUUGACUUUGAAAGCAUGCCUGAGAAGGAAAAGGUCAGCAAAGCAGCCUGAAACCAUUUCCAUGGCUGAACUCAAGAGUCUGUUAAUACUCACCAGGGAACACUUUUUAGAUCGUUUUGAUGCUGCGAUUCCUAAAGUGCUUCUAAGAAAUACAGGCAAAAAUAUAUUAAGUGACUUCAGUCCCGUUGAACCUGAUUCCUCAAGUCUAAUGGAAACCAAUUCUCUGGAAUGGCCAGAAAGGCAUGUUCUCCAAAAUUUGGAAACUUUUGAAAAAGCCAAACAAAAAAUGAGAGCCGGCUCUUUACCUCGUUCCUCUGAACAGUUGCUGGGCCACAGAGACGGUCCUCGGGACUCCAUCACCUUGCUGGAUGCCAAAGAGUUGCUGAAGCACUUCACCUCCGAUGGGCUGCCAGUCGGGGAGCUGCGGCCGCUGCCGAUUCAGAAGGGGGAAAAGACUUUUGUUCUGACGCCAGAACUUAGUCCUCGGAAACUUCAGGUCUUGCCUUUUGAGAAAGCCUCAGUAUGUCAUUAUCAUGGAAUUGAAUAUUGCCUGGAUGAUCGAAAAGCUUUGGAAAGAGAUGGGGGAUUUGCUGAACUUCAGUCUCGUCUUAUUCGCUAUGAAACUCAAACAACCUGCACCAGAGAGAGUGUUCUGGCACCUGCUGUGUUGAGCCCUUUUCCCUCUCCUGCGAUUUUGUCAGAGCCUGGCAGUGUCCCGGACAGAGAAGCUUUACAGAGUGAACCUCGAACCGCAGUAUCCUGCUUGAAGCGGAGAUCUCAAGAUCUGAAUUGUCUUCAUCACAAAAAAAGACUUGUGAAAUCUGAAAGUUCAGACUCUCUUCUUUCUCAGACAAGUGGUAAUAGUCACUGCAGUCAUCAUCACGUGGUGAUAUCCAGAAAACCCCAGGCAGAGCGGUCGUUGUCAGCAACUUGUCCGUUGGUUGUAGUUCCUAGUUGUGAGACUCCAAACGUCUCUACCAAGGGCAGUUCAGGUCAAAAAAGUAUGCACGAAUCAAAAACAUCAAGGCAAACUAAGGAAUCAAGAUCACAGAAACAUACACGGAUAUUAAAGGAAGUAGUUACUGAAACACUGAAGAAACACAGUAUUACUGAAGCUCACAAAUGUUUUACUGCAUGCAGCCAGCGUCUCUUUGAAAUCUCUAAGUUCUACCUAAAGGAUCUUAAAACUUCAAGGGGUCUAUUUGAAGAAAUGAAGAAAAUAACAAAUAAAAAUGCUGUACAGGUGAUUGAAUGGGAAUUAGAAAAGUCAAGCAAGAAAUGAAACAGAAGAAUUCUCUUUAGGACAGUUACAAAUUGGGUAGAGCUGAUACUUACUUCUUCAUCUCUUAGGUAGAAAAUUACAAGCAAAUUUCAAACUUUAUUCGAAUAGAUCUUAUAUUCUUAAAGAAUUUCAAAAGGUACACCUUAUAUUGAUAUCAUUUUACGAUGCUCACUUUGUGUAUUUUUAGUUACGUUCUGUUUUAUAUAUAGUUUCACUAUAUUUUGAUGUUCAAAGUUAUUUUUAUAUGUUUUGAAAUUUUUAUUCUUGGUUAAUUAUUACAAUAAGUAGAAAUAUUUCCUUCUUUAAUUGCAUAUCUUUGUUGUCAGGCCUCCUCAUUUAGACCUUAAAAGUUUCAGUAUCAGGUAAGACAUGCCAGUGGCUUUUCCCAUCUGUUCCAAUAGUGAAGUGUAAGGGACUGCCCCCAGUUUAGAGAUUGUUGGCAAAAAAAAUUCAAACAGGCCCCAGCUCUAGAGCCACCACUGUUGGAACUACUAAUGUUUGGGAUAAAAACUGAAGGGCAGAAACUGAAAAUAAGACGUAAUGAAAAUGACACUGAGCAUAGACCAGUGGCAGAAAAUCUGAAAAAUGCAGACAGUGCAGAAAGGAGUAGAAAGUAAUUACCAGCAUUCCCCCACUAUCUAGACAUAGCCGCUGUUCGUAUUUUAAAUAUAAAUUUGUAAUUAUUUUAUAAAUGUGCUUUCAAAAUGGAGGUCAUACAAUAUAUGUGGUGUUUAUGUGCAUGUUAAUUUAUAAAACCUGCUUUUUACUUAAUAUGAAUUUUAUAUUAUGUCCUUAUUUUAGUGACUGUAAAUUACAAAGGAACCACAGUUUGUUUAGUCUCCCAUUACUGGACAUAAAGUUUAGUUUUUCUCCAUAAAAAAUAAAAUUUUAAUGAAUCUU